ACUUGCCGCCACCCCAGCGCCUCUAUGAGAACUUGCAAUGUAAGUAUGUUAUACGCGUGGUUCGUUGUCGAAGGAUACCAAAGAAAAUUCCGAUAAGUAUUUCGAAGGAUUCGUCGAUUGCGGGACGAUACCCACCAAUACCCACGAAAGGUUAAAGAGGACCGAACUAGACUGACUGUCAGUUAUGGCGAGUAACGUGUUAACGCGUUUAAGUAACGUUUUACGAAGACUUGAACAAACUAUUGAGGUUAUUUUAUGGCAGAGGUUUCCCCCAGGGACAUUAUGCGCUAUGGAUGUACACGUUAAUAGCGGAUCUUCAUCGGUUUAUAAUCCAAAUUCGAUUUCUCUUAAAAAUAUAUGGGAUGACGGAUUUUUGUGGGCUGUACCAAAAAGUCGGCGAACCAUAGAAAAAAGAUUGAAACGAAAAUUUGGCCAUCCCAUAUAUAAUUGGAAGCCUUUGGUCCCAAAAACAAAUCUUUUAAUGUGCAAUAAUUGCGGUCAUUAUCACGAAGCUGGACUUCUCUGCCAGCACUGUUACGACGUGGUCAAAAAGGAAACGAAAGAAAUGCAGGAUGAAAUUGAGAAAAAUUUAGGUGUGAAUCCUAUCGAAGAAAAGGUUAUUGUUAUUUAUGAUGGAGAAAAAGAAGGGAAACCAGAUGAUUAUUGGAAGGGCCAACGAGUUGUAGAAAUGCCCAAGAAACGGCCAUCCUGGUUUCAUCAAAAUUUACUGCAGCCAGCUACGCAAGAAACAUCUGAAAAUACCGAAGUUAAACCUACGGAGUUGGCUUAAAACUUGCCAUUGCUUGAAGUUAUUUUACUGUUCACGGUAUAGAAUUUUGCGUGAUUUAUUAUGCAUCUUAUACGGUUUAAUGUAGUCCAGAGAUUGUCAAUCAAAUUAAUAAAUAUAAGUAUUUACAAAUAUAA